GGUGGAUGCACCAAACAUCCAUCCUUAUUUGAGCAGUUGAAUUUCGUUACACCAAAUCCCAUUCAAUAAAACUCAGCUGCCCCCAAGUCGUCCCUCCCUCCCUUCACCGGCACCAAUGGCGGCGGCCAGCGCCUUCUCGAUUUCCAUCUCUUCUGCUAAUUCCGAUACUAGAUUCAAAAUUCAUCAUUGCACCAAUCUCUCCACUUCUUCCAUGCUUUCUUUUCCUCCACGGACACGACCUCUUUUCAACGAUAGGAUUUCCGCUCCUCAAACGCGGUCCUUUACAUUAUGUCCGCGAUGCGACCUUUCUUCCGACUCGGAGAUCCCCUCCAAAUCGACCAGCCUUAGCGCCUUGGAGCUUCUCAAGUCGUCCGGUGCUGAUCGUUAUACGAAAGAAACCAGCAGUAUUUUGGUUGUGGGUUUUAACUACCGUACAGCACCCAUUGAGGUACGCGAGAAGCUUUCUGUUCCCGAAGCACAAUGGCCACAAGCAAUUGGUGAACUAUGCGCUCUAAAUCAUAUAGAGGAAGCUGCUGUCCUUAGCACGUGCAACAGGCUGGAGAUAUAUGUUGUGGCUCUGUCCCAGCAUCGUGGAAUAAAGGAAGUGACUGAAUGGAUGUCUAAGAUAAGUUCAGUGCCAGUUUCAGAGCUGUGUCAGCACAGAGUUUUGCUUUUCAACAAAGAUGCCACACAACAUCUUUUUGAAGUAUCUUCAGGGCUUGAUUCCCUUGUUUUAGGUGAAGGUCAAAUUCUUUCACAGGUUAAACAGGUUGUUAAAACAGGACAAGGGGUCCCUGGAUUUGACCGUAAAAUUAGUGGGCUCUUUAAGCAUGCAAUCACUGUGGGAAAACGUGUUAGAACAGAAACCAGUAUCUCUACUGGGUCAGUAUCAGUUAGUUCAGCUGCAGUGGAGCUUGCUAUGAUGAAACUUCCAGAGUCUGCUCAUGAUUCAGUGAAAAUAUUGGUCGUUGGAGCUGGAAAGAUGGGAAAGCUUGUGAUAAGACACUUAGCUGCGAAGGGAUGCAGGAGGAUAGUAGUUGUUAACAGAACAGAGGACAGACUAAAUUCCAUACGAGAGGAGCUCAAGGAUGUUGAGAUUGAAUAUAGGCCUUUCUCACAAUUAUUGAAAUGCGCUGGUGAAGCAGAUGUCAUUUUCACAUGUACGGCUUUGGAAACACUUCUAUUCUCAAAAGAUCAAGUUCAGACACUCCCCCCUGUGGCUUCAGAAGUUGGAGGCGAGAGGUUAUUUGUCGAUAUUUCUGUUCCUAGGAACGUGGGAUCAUGUGUGUCAGAUAUUGAGAGUGUUCAAGUUUACAAUGUGGAUGACUUGGAGGAAGUAGUGGCUGCCAACAAGGAAGACAGAUUGAUGAAGGCAAUGGAAGCUCAGGCGAUCAUUGAAGCAGAAGUGGAAGAAUUCGAAGCAUGGAAGGACUCCCUUGAGACUGUCCCAACCAUCAAGAAGCUUAGGGCAUAUGCAGAGAGAAUUAGGGCCGCUGAGCUAGAAAAGUGCUUGUCUAAGAUGCGUGAUGAUCUACCAAAGAGUGAAAAGAAAGCCAUAUAUGAUCUGAGUAUGGGGAUUGUGAACAAGCUUCUUCAUGGUCCCAUGCAACACUUGCGAUGUGAUGGCACGGAUAACCGUGGGCUGAAUGAAAUCAUGGAAAACAUGCACGCGCUUAACAGAAUAUUCAGUCUGGACACGGAGAUAUCCGUCCUGGAGCAGAAAGUACGGGCGAAAGUGAAACAACAGAACAAACAAGCAGCUUCUUGAGAUCUCUGUAUGCAACCAUAUGUUCAUUUGAUUUUGGGGAGGGGAGCUUCUCUCCAUCGGCAUUGAGUUUAUCUUUAUUUGGAGGCGUCGCAACUCUUUUACAUAGGCAGUGACAAGGAUACAAGCAAGCCAUUGCAUCUGCCUUACAUUAUGAAAAGACAUAAGAGAGGUCAGAAUGCAAGACUUGUAGCGUUUCUUGUUUGGCAUAUUUUUUCUGGGAAUUUAACUUCGCAUUUUUUUACAAAGCAUAUUCUUUUGUAAAAUUGUAAUAUUCGUGUAUUAAUUGACAUAUAAUUAAUUUUAAAUGAAGAGAUGCUUUUAUUAUUUAA